UAUACCCCUAUUACCAUUGGCGAGUCGAAUGAAUAAACGUGUGAGUGUGAGAAAUUGGUAUUACCGUUGGCGAAUUGAGAACCGUUGAUUCGACUUAAAUGUCAUUACUUUUUCGAAGUUUGGUCUCACUCUAUUGUCGUUAUCGAAUGUUCGUUAAUUUGAACGUCAUUCGAGUUAUUUUUUGUCGAACGUUCAUAUUGUGUGAGAAAAGGUCGAAGCUUAUGCAAAAGAAAUGUCGGAAAAUAAAACAAUCUGCAAGAGAACUAAUAAAAAUCAGUUCGAAAAGCUAGUCGAACUGAUGGAAUCGAACCCAAAUCUAGCGAGAGGUGUUGGAGAGUUUGGUUCUUCCAAAAAAAACCAAAAGGAAUAUUGGGACCAAUUUGCUACAACCCUCAACUCACUUGGGCCACCUACUCGUGAUGGAAAAGAAUGGCACAAGGUUUGGCUGGAUUAUAAGCUCAAAAUCAAAAGGAAACUUUCGAUGAAUAAAGCCGAAGUGGUGGCAACUGGUGGAGGUAAAUACUCUCAAGUUUCCUUAACACCUUUGGAACAAGCUGUGGAUGAGCUGCUUGGACUUGAGCAAGCUGUAAGGCCAGAAGGUAUGUGCUUUGGUUCAUCUCACCAAAUUUCAGAGGACUUAAUUAUCGGCUUACAAGACAUUGAAAUGCUCAACGAAAAAGACCCUGGUGAAGCCGAUAAACAAAAAUCACCACCGCCCCCACUACCAGCAAUGAAAAGAACCACAAUGAAUGAAAAUUCUGAAAAAGAACGCCUUCGCUUGUUACAAGGCCAAACUGCAACACAGACAGAGUUGGUAAAAAUCGAAAAAGAAAAGUUAAGUUUUCUGUCCGACAUCGCCAGAUUUUCCAGAAAAAGCUACGAAAUUCAAAGAGAGAAGCUUGCUCUAUUAAAAGCAGCAGAAAAAAGGAAAGAAAAAGAAAAUUUCGAUAAAAACCGUCGCCAUGCUGAGUAUCUGGAAAUGGAAACGAAAAAGCGCGAAUUGGAGAUGCUUAAAUUUAAUUUAAAAAAUUAAAAUAAUUUUUUUUCCUUGUACUUUUCUUAUAGUUAUGAAUGAAUUCUUUUCCUUUUUUUCUUGUUAAUAAAGAGUUACGACUUAAUUUUUAAAUCAAAUAUAUUUUUUAUUAUUUAUGAAAGCAAAAUAAACUUGAACUUGAAUUUCAUCCCAAUGUUGUUUUUUAUUUACAGAGAUUCCAUUAUUUGAUUUCUUCUGCGUUCGGCUUCAGCACUGCUUGGAGUUUCGAGUUGUAUUCCUUCUGUUGGUAAAGAUAUUUCCUCUUCUACAAUCUCGGGAUCUGUAACUCGGUAUUUUAUACAAAUGUUAUGCAAGGCACAGCAUGCAUUCACAAUUUGUUUUGCCUUUGAAGGAGCGUAAUGCAUUUUCCUUUCAUUUAAAAGACAGCGAAAUCGACUCUUAAGAACGCCAAUAGUCCUUUCUAUUAUAUUUCUGCCUUGGCGUGUUGCUUAUUGAAUAAAGACUGCCUUGAACCGGAACUUACGUUUCUGAAAGGAGUGAGCAAACAAGACGAUAGUGGGUAACCGGCGUCUCCUAAAAAUAAGAAGAAAUUAUUGAACGACGAAAUAAAAAUAAAAAUAUAAAUACUACCAAGGAACAUUGAACGUUCUCCUCUUUGGUACCACGUUUCAAGAACUGACUUAAGAUUACUGCAGUUCCAUACAAAGGAAUCAUGGGUCGAUCCAGGAUAUCUUGCGUCAACAUAACGAAUACACAUGUUAUGGUCACACGCCUUAAAAACUUGCAUUAAAAAACAAAAGCUAUUCUCAAGGAAAACACUUACUAUCAUUGCGUUUAAACUGUAAUAUCCUUUUAGGUUAAGAUACUGAUGACGUAACUCAAUCGGAGCAACGAUUCCUAUAUGGGUCCCGUCAACACAUCCAAUUACUCCUGGUAACCUGGACGUUGAAAAAAAAUAGUUUCGUGCAUUUUGUUUCUCAUCGGAUGACAUGUUGAGACUGAUUCAGGUUGGACAUAAUUUGUCUUCGAUUGCACACACAACUUCUUUUAAUACUAUGGAAACCGAGGAUUGUGACAGGCCUAAGUCAAAAUCAUUUCCUACGCUGCUUUGAUAACUCCCCCAGGCCUAAGUCAAAAUCAUUUCCUACGCUGCUUUGAUAACUCCCACUAGCAAAAAAUCUAAGGGCACAAGCUAAUUUUAGUACAGCAGGGAUUGAAGAGGUGCUUGCAUUUUUAAAUUGGCCUUCCAACUUGUUUAAUACGAAAACAAACGCUUCCUUAUUCAGUCGAAAAUAUGAUCUGAAACUUAAGGAAUUUAUUAGAAUUAAAAGAACUUCCUGCACAAAAUAUUGUUUCUACUUACAGAUGAUUAGGGAGUUCCAAUACAUCAUAGUUGUCUCGAAUAUUCUUGCGCAGUCGAAGUAUUCUUACUUUGUUUCUGUUAUUUUCGUUUUCUCCAAAAAACAAAUCUAUAUUGCUUAUCAUUUUGGUUUAUUUUGUAAUUUUAUUAAAUACUCGUAUGAAAAUUAUCAAUUAAUGAACACAACAGUUUUUUUUGAAAUUUCAUGAGUUGACGUUUAUUAUGUCUGUUAUUUUUUUUUUGUAUGGUAGCACUGAAUUUCGAACUCGAAUUGUAAAGUUCGCCAACCGUAAUACGUCGAAUGGGUUAGUUCGCCAAUGAAAACAUGUCACGUCGAACGUUCGAUUCGCCAACCAUAAUAGGGGCCUUAAUUAAAAUAAACUUUACUGAAUUUUAAAUAAGACUUUUAUUCUGUUGAAUCAAUUUCAAUGAAGCAUUUUUAUGUAAAUCAAAAUGUUUCAAUGAAGCAUUAUUAUGUAAAUCAAAAUGUUGACAGCAGGAUGUGGCUGUAUGUUUCAUUUAGCUAUUUUCAAAAUAUACCUUUUUAUUUAAUUAUAUUGAUUAAAAACUCUAACCUAACGUUACUAUUCAAUUCUGUUGUUUCAAAACUCUAAACCUAACGUUAAUGUUUUCGAGUUAUAUAAUUUCAAUUUUUUUUUUUCAAUUUUUGGCAAGGUGUUAAGUAAGAAUAUUGACAUAUAUAGUUUUUUGUGAAUUAUAAAAAAAGAGGCGGGGAUAUUUACCUUUAUUUCAUCUCUUUGGGCUUAUAUCGAUGAAUCUCAACAUUUUUUUUUUGAGAAAAUUUAGUAGCACAGGAACACAAGCACAAAUCAUUAAAUUUACUUAAAAAUUACAUUGUGUUUGUUUACUUUUGCAUUCACAUAUACAAUAACAAAUCGAAGUACCUAGUUCAAAUCUUUGUUUUAAAUUUUUUCUGGGUGAAUAGGCUGAAAUAGCUGUAGUUUUAUGGUCUUUCUAUGUUUCGAGUUUUAUUUGACAAAUCGUUCUUCUUUUCUAUUCAAGUUUCUAUAUUUUAUUAUUUGCUUUUGAUUGCAGUUCUUAAAAAUAUGUUUUGGACAACCCGAGAGCAUUUACUAGGGAUGGAAAAAUUCUUUUCUGCCAAAUUUGUAGCAAAGGUGUCUCCUAUGAUAAGAAGUUCCAAGUUGACCAACACCUUAAAUCUAUGAGACAUACAGCACUAUCAAAACUUUCACCUUCUACGAACUCGCAGAAACUCCUUUCGUUUCAAACCACACAAAGGAAUUUUAAUAUGGAUUUAUGUGAGGCAUUUGUUGGAGCUGAUAUUCCGUUAAGUAAACGCAAUAAUCCCAUUUUGAGAUCAUUUUUGUUUGAACUACCAAAGAAGUCGUGCAGGAUUUUUCAACAUUGCGUAAAAACUACAUUAAUAAAAUGUAUAUUUUACUAACGUAUUAAAUAAAAUCCGACUAAAUAGA